AUGUCGGACAACGUAUCUCAGAGUCUUACUGUUGGUGCUUCUAAUAGUGCCUCAGUAAAAUCCUCGCAUCAACCCCUUAACGGGCUUGCGGAAACACGAGCGGACAGCGGAAAGACCACAGGAAAAAACUCUCCUACUAAGCUAACUGCUACCGCUCGUACCCAUCCGUCAGAGUUAAGGGCCAUACAGACACUUAAGAAAGAAGAUUCCGAAGAUAUAUUGGAGAAGUUCCGUACAAUUCGACAUGAGAAUAUCCUACUCGUUCGAGAAUACUUCACACAUGAAGAUUCUAUAUAUAUGGUGUUUGACGAUCUCCCGGUGACUCUGGAUCACUUGGUGGCUUGUGAUUAUUACCCUCGUGACACUCAAGUCUUAUCCGCGCUAGCACAGAUUCUCAGCGGCCUAUCCUUUCUCCACGCAUGUGGAUAUAACCACCAGGCUCUUAUUUGCUCCAACAUCCUGCUGGGGAUGGAUGGUACGAUCCAGAUCGCGGCAUUAGAUUACUGUGUGAAGGGACCUCCGGACCAGGCCAAGUCAAUCAAUGCCGUCGCAUCAAUAGCCACACUGCUCAUGUAA